ACAUACGGAAUAGUCUACCUCACAAGGUUUUCUAAACUCAGCUUUCUGUCUAUUUUGAAGGUGUGUCUAUUUUGUAGGUUAGGCCUAUUUAAAUCGAAAGUGAAGUUUUGGAGAGAUUUAUUAGCUCUGCAGUCAAGUGUCUGUUCGUAUACAUGUACACUCUACUGAAAGCUGCUCAACAGUUAACGAAAACGUGAGGGAUUUAUGAUGCCAUGGAUUCAUUAUGCACAACAGACACAGGCUACCAUCCCCAUGGUUUGAUUAAUCAAGGGGCAACCUGUUAUUUGAACAGUGUGCUGCAGGUGUUCUUCAUGACCAAGGACUUCAGAGAGGCUGUUGAAAGUCAAGUAUUUCCUAAUGAUCAAGAACAAGAGACCAUUGAUCACAAGCUUAAAAGGCUGUUUCAGAAAUUAAAAGAAAAAGAAGCUGACACAAAGGACAUUUCUUGGACAUUGGACAUUCAAACCGUAUAUGAGCAACGUGACGCUGCUGAGUUUUUUGAGAAGAUUUUAAACACGGUCAAGAAUAAUGUGUCUAAGAUCUUCGAAGGACAAUUGUCGCACACUAUCUCCUGUGCAAAUAGUCAUAUUUCCAAUAUUGAACCUGGUCCAUUUUGGGUUCUGCCCCUCUCCAUGGACGUAACCUUAGGCCCUGGUCAAAGCUACAGUGUGAAUGACGGUUUUGAGGAGUUUUUUGAGAAAUCAACUAUCACUGGGGACAAGCUGUACUGUGCUAAAUGCAAUGAAGAAGUGGAAGCAACAACUGCAUGUAAGAUGGUACAUCACCCAGAGAUUCUGACUCUGCUACUCAAGAGGUUUGAGUUUGACUACCAUGGGAUGACAUAUGUCAAAGUCAACUGCUCUGUGGACGUUCCUCACAAAUUACAGACCGAGAAUGGGGCAUAUGAACUCUAUGCAAUUGUGGACCAUGAAGGAAGUCUAAGAAGUGGACAUUACACUGCUACAAUCAGGUCCUAUGAGGAUCAGAAGUGGUAUUUGUUUAAUGACAGCAACGUAAGCCCGAUCACAUUGGAACCAAACUUAAGAUCACAAAGUGCUUAUCUGCUUAUUUAUAGGACAUGUGGAUACAGACAAGAAGAGGAUAAGAGGUCAGUUGGAAACAGAGAGGAAGAUGGAAAGAGUGUAUGUGGAAAGAAAGAAAAAGAGGGAGAGAAGAAAUUGUCAGGUGGAAACAGAGACGAGGAGGGGAGCUCAUGGUCAAAGACAAGAGGAAAUGAAAAGGAUGCAGCUAAAAAGAGACCAAAAGUUGAAUGGAUUGUAAAUUCUAUAAAAUAUAUUUACUCAUGCAUAACAGCAAUUGGAUCAUUGAGAAAAAGAGGGGAAUAUAAAAUUGAUGCAGAUGAAAAUAAAGGAGAAGGGGGCAAAAGUACAGAUGGGGAGAAUGGAGAGGGAGGGAAGGAGAGGUCAGGUGCAAAGAGAGAAGAUGAUGAUAAAACGUCAGGUGAAAAAAGUACGGAAGAGGAUCAGAGGUCAGGUGGAAACAGCAAGGAAGAGAAUAAGAGGUCUUGUGAAAACAUUGACGAAGAUAAGAGGUCCGGUGGAAAUGGUAGAGAGGAUCAUAACAGGUCCAGUGGAAACAGAAGAGGAGAAGGUGUUAAGAGGUCAGGUGGAAACAGUCAGGAAGAGGAUAAGAGGUCAGGUGAAAACGGAGAAGAUGAUAAGAGGUCAGGUGGAAACAGAGAAAAAAAUGAUAAGAUGUCAGGUGAAAAAAGUAAGGAAGAGGAUCAGAGGUCAGGUGGAAACAGUGGAGAAGGUUAUAAGAGGUCAGGUGGAAACAGUAGUGAGGAUGAUGACAGGUCCGGUGGAAACAGAAGAGGAGAAUGUGAUAAGAGGCCAGGUGGAAACAGUAUGGAAAAGGAUAAGAGGUCAGGUGGAAACAGUGGAGAAGAUGAUAAGAUGUCAGGUGGAAACAGAGGAGGAGAAGGUUAUAAGAGGUCAGGUGGAAACAGUGUAGAAGUUGAUACAAGGUCAGGUGGAAACAGGUGUGAUGACAGGUCCGGUGGACACAGAAGAGGAGAAGGUGAUAAGAGGUCAGGUGGAAACAGUGAGGAAGAUGAUAAGAGGCCAGGUGGAAACAGAGGAGAAGAUGAUACAAGGUCAGAUGGAAACAGUAGUGAGGAUGAUGACAGGUCCGGUGGAAACAGAAGAGGAGAAGGUGAUAAGAGGUCAGGUGGAAACAGUAAGGAAGAGGAUAAGAGGCCAGGUGGAAACAGUGGGGAAGGGGAUAAGAGGCCAGGUGGAAACCAUGGAGAAUAUAAUAAGAGGUCAGGUGGAAACAGUAUAGAGGAUGAUACAAGGUCAGGUGGAAACAGUAGUGAGGAUGAUGACAGGUCUGGUGGAAACAGAAGAGGAGAAGGUGAUAAGAGGUCAGUUGGAAACAGUGGAGAAGAUGAUAAGAGGUCAGGUGGAAACAGAGAGGAAGAGAAUAAGAGGUCUUGUGGAAACAUUGAAGAAGAAAAGAGGUCCGUUGGAAACGGUAGAGAGGAUGAUGACAGGUCCGGUGGAAACAGAAGAGGAGAAGGUGAUAAGAGGUCAGGUGGAAACAGAGAAAAAGAUGACAAGAUGUCCGGUGAAAAAAGUAAGGAAGAGGAUCAGAGGUCAGGUGGAAACAGUAGUGAGGAUGAUAAUAGGUCUGGUGGAAACAGUAAGGAAGAGGAUCAGAGGUCAGGUGGAAACAGUAAGGAAGAGGAUCAGAGGUCAGGUGGAAACAGUGUAGAAGAUGGUACAAGGUCGGGUGGAAAUAGUAGUGAGGAUGAUGAAAGAUCCGGUGGAAACAGAAGAGGAGAAGGUGAUAAGAGGUCAGGUGGAAACAGUAGGGAAGAGGAUAGGCGGUCAGGUGGAAACAGUAGAGAGGAUGAUAAUAGGUCAGGUGGAAACAGUAUAGAUGUUGAUACAAGAUCAGGAGGAAACAGGUGUGAGGAUGAUGACAGGUCCGGUGGACAUAGAAGAGGAGAAGGUGAUAAGAGGUCAGGUGGAAACAGAGGAGGAGAAGGUGAUAAGAGGUCAGGUGGAAACAGUAAGGAAGAGGAUAAGAGGCCAGGUGGAAACCGUGGGAAAUAUAAUAAGAGGUCAGGUGGAAACAGUAUAGAGGAUGAUACAAGGUCAGGUGGAAACAGUAGUGAGGAUGAUGACAGGUCCGGUGGAAACAGAAGAGGAGAAGGUGUUAAGAGGUCAGGUGGAAACAGUAUAGAAGUUGAUACAAGGUCAGGUGGAAACAGUAGAGAGGAUCAUAACAGGUCCGGUGGAAACAGAAGAGGAGAAGGUGAUAAGAGGUCAGGUGGAAACAGUAGAGAGGAUGAUAAUAGGUCAGGUGGAAACAGUAUAGAUGUUGAUACAAGAUCAGGAGGAAGCAGGUGUGAGGAUGAUGACAGGUCCGGUGAACAUAGAAGAGGAGAAGGUGAUAAGAGGUCAGGUGGAAACAGAGGAGGAGAAGGUGUUAAGAGGUCAGGUGGAAACAGUAUAGAGGAUGAUACAAGGUCAGGUGGAAACAGUAGAGAGGAUGGUGACAGGUCCGGUGGAAACAGAAGAGGAGAAGGUGAUAAGAGGUCAGGUGGAAACAGUAAGGAAGAGGAUAAGAGGCCAGGUGGAAACAGUGGGGAAGGGGAUAAGAGGCCAGGUGGAAACCAUGGAGAAUAUAAUAAGAGGUCAGGUGGAAACAGUAUAGAGGAUGAUACAAGGUCAGGUGGAAACAGUAGAGAGGAUGGUGACAGGUCCGGUGGAAACAGAGGAGGAGAAGGUGAGAAGAGGUCAGGUGGAAACAGUCAGGAAGAUGAUAAGAGGUCAGGUGAAAACGGAGGAGAUGAUAAGAGGUCAGGUGGAAAAAGGAAGGAAGAGGAUCAGAGGUCAGGUGGAAACAGUAGUGAGGAUGAUAAUAGGUCAGGUGGAAACAAUGGAGAAGAUAAUAAGAGGUCAGGUGGAAACACAAGUGAGGAUGAUGACAGGUCCGGUGGAAACAGAAGAGGAGAAGGUGAUAAGAGGUCAGGUGGAAACAGUGAGGAAGAGGGUAAGAGGCCAGGUGGAAACAGUGGGGAAAAGGAUAAGAGGUCAGGUGGAAACAGUAGAGAAGAUUAUAAGAGGUCAGGUGGAAACAGAGAUGGUGAUAAGAUGUCAGGUGGAAACAGAGGAGGAGAAGGUUAUAAGAGGUCAGGUGGAAACAGUGUAGAAGUUGAUACAAGGUCAGGUGGAAACAGGUGUGAUGACAGGUCCGGUGGACACAGAAGAGGAGAAGUUGAUAAGAGGUCAGGUGAAAACAGUGAGGAAGAGGAUAAGAGGCCAGGUGGAAACAGUAGAGAAGAUAAUAAGAGGUCAGGUGGAAACAGUGAAGAAGAGGGUAAGAGGUCAGGUGGAAACAGAGGAGAAGAUUAUACAAGGUCAUAUGGAAACAGUAGUGAGGAUGAUGACAGGUCCGGUGGAAACCGAAGAGGAGAAGGUGAUAAGAGGUCAGGUGGAAACAGUAUAGAGGAUGUACAAGGUCAGGUGGAAACAGUAGUGAGGAUGAUGACAGGUCCGGUGGAAACAGAAGAGGAGAAGGUGAUAAGAGGCCAGGUGGAAACAGUGGGGAAGAGGAUAAGCGGUCAGGUGGAAACAGUAGAGAGGAUGAUAAUAGGUCAGGUGGAAACAGAGGAGAAGAUGAUACAAGAUCAGGAGGAAACAGGUGUGAGGAUGAUGACAGGUGGAAACAGAUGAGAAGAAGGUGAUAAGAGGUCCGGUGGAAACUGAUGGGGGAGAAGGGGUUUAGAGGUCAGGUGGAAACAGUAAGGAAGAGAAUAAGAGGUCAGGUGGAAACAGAGGAGAAGAUAAGUGGUCUUUUUUGGGGGCAAACCUGUGGCAAACCUGCAGUUUUGUGGAUAAUGUUAUGAUAACUAAAUAGUGUGACACAAAAUGUUGCCAGAAGUUUGCAAAUGUUUGCCACUAGUAGUGAAUCUGCGGCAAACUUUUGGCAACGGUAAUAUGUAUUGCCACUAGUGGCAAACAGUUCUCCAGAGGUUUUUUUCUUGCAAACAAUUCUCUUAAGAUUCUAUUUGAUUCUGUGGCAAACAUGUGGCAACAAUAUGUAUUGCCACUAGUGGCAAACAGUUUACCAGAAGCCAUUCUGGGUGAGCACACGAGUUCCAAGACCAGGAAUCGUUGAUGACCAAUCAUGGGGAUUACAAAAAUAGUUUGGAAAAUGGAAACCAAGUUAUCUAGCUCGCUACCUACCAAAGUCUGCCGCUACAAAUUCCUUUUUGUUACGUUAAUUAAACUUCCUAAUAAACUUUAAAAUUGUUAGCUGAUAAUUAUCACUGAGAAGAAUAUGAAAGUCAUACAGUCAAUGGCUCUGUAUUUCUACAUUGUUUAGAGGUCUACUCUAAGCAUGAGACACAUUUCAGCCAGCUUCCUGUUACAGUAUUACUACAUCCCAUACAUCCAGUACAUGCCAUUUGAUGUACACCUUGAUCUGAAAUACCAGUUUUGACAUGACAAUGAACACAGCAGGGGAGUUGGCUAAACACACAAACAUAUCUGGUACCAGGCUAGUCUACCACUGAGUCAAAUAAGAAACACUCUUUCCACAACAGAAGGAAGAAUUUGCCAGAUUAUAUAUAAUGCUGCUCCAUAGUAAAUGACUUGCUAGGUGUCAGUAAUUGCCUCUUACAUCAGAACACCUGACAAAGCCUGGCCUUUGACCCUACCCCUCCCUCUCCAGUACCAGGGGUACAGACCCCACUGUGGCUGCAGUCCUGGGGGUCAGUUCUGCUGUCUGUCUCCUGGCUGCCCUGAUGGUGGACUACAGGAGGUACCACUCCUGCAGUUGCACUCGACUCAAUGUGAUGUGAAUGACUGCUGAUGGAAAUUCAGAAUCCAUUAGGGAUUUUUUUGUUUGUUUAUUGUCUGAACUUAAAAUUAAUUUCAUGCAUGUUCAGAAAUUGUUGAGACUGUCAACAAGAUAUGUAUUGUUCGUUUCAGCCAUGUCUCUAAAGUGCCCCAAUUUUAAAGGGAUAGCUUCUUCAGGAGAUUAAUGAUUAUAGCAAUGACAUUAAUAAAUGAAGAUAUGCAUGUA